AUGGCGACCUGGAUUUGGUUGGCGGCAUUGUUCUGUGGGACGCACGCCGCAGUGCUACCACCACCGUGGGCGGACGUCAGAAGGAAUCCCUGUGCCGCUCAUCCGAGAGGCUGGCUUAUGUUAUACUGGCCGAUCGAUGGAAAAUGCUAUACAAUUUAUCAGAAAGGUCACCCGUGUCCCGAGACUCAAGAACUCAGUCCCGGUCGCUGGGGCGGAAGGACUAUAGCAGAAUGCAAGUGUCCGCCUGGGACGGCCCAGCUGCCGCAUACAACGACAUGCCACAAGCUAUUCGAACGAGGUCCUUGCAGAGCCGGCGAGUACUUCGCGCCGGUCGAGGAGUCCUUCAACAAGCGAGGUGAACGUCAAGGUAUGUGCGUGAGGCCGCAGCAGUGCGCUGACGAAACCUUGCUGUACUGGCCCGCUGAUGGGAAGUGCUACUACAGGCUCAGUCAGGGCCCUUGUUACCCAGGUGCCAUAUUGGAUAUCGGAGACGAUGGACUGGCGAACUGUACGUGUGAUCCGGAUAGUAGAAACUUCUGGCCGCUAGACGGAGGUUGCUAUGCGCAUUUCACCCGGGGACCCUGUGACAAGGGCCUGUUGUAUCUGCCGGGACCAAGAUGUGGCUGCGAGAGCCAUAUGCCGCAUUAUCACAACGAGACCGGGGGGUGUUAUGAACUGGAUUCCGUCGGCCCGUGUCCUCGAGGCCACACCUUCAGGAUAACACAAGUGACAGCCCAAGGAUCUAAAGCGGAGUGUAAAUGUAAAUCGUUCCACGCCAGAGCCGCUGACGGAGCUUGCUAUAGACUCUACACCAGGGGACCUUGCGAACAGGAUGAAAUGAUAGCGCGAGGGGGGCGAUGUAUCAAGGUUCCGUGUGCGAGAGGUCGUCUGUACGUCCCAGAGAGGCGUCGAUGCUACCGGCCCGGCACGCCCGAGCCGUGUCCGGUCGGGGAGGUCGUCGCGUUCGACUUCGACGCCAGACCAGCGCUGGACGGGCUCAGUCAUAACGGAGUUUGCGUCUGCGGCAGCGGGUCUUGUAAUAGAAAAGAAGUCGAAGCGUGUACCGCCCGCAAAGGGACCGCUGCGUAUGGCGGCGCUUGUCACAUUCUCAACACUCAAGGUCCCUGCCCGGACGGAUCCUGGCUCGUCAAGGAAGGAACCGGGAAAGUCAAGUGUCAAUGUCGCCCUGGUCGCGUCCCUCCGGAGUGUAACGGAGACAUCGACCCUCAAGCUAAGAGCUGACACGCAUCGAGGAUGAGGUGUGCGAAUUGAUCUCCAAUUUAACAUUUAAGUUUGAGCACAAAAAUUAGGCUGAACUGGAAAAGGUUUGAUCGAAUUUAUCAAAUUCGAAAAUUUCUACUUUUCGUAGUUAUGCCCUUUUCCACAAUAGGGCGCAAUAUGUGACUUCUUAUAUUUAAAAUGUACCGGCUUCAAAGCUUAAUUUUUCACUCGGUUGGUUUUCAGGAUCGCGUUUUUAAAAUUUUCGCGUUUUGAAACAAUUAUGAAAACUGACUUUGGAGUGACCAUUAUGAAUAGAACUAGAAUAGUUUUUUAGUGAAUUUUAUUAUUGAUAAUCUAGUGAAGAUUUUCAUAUGACUAUUUUGAGUACUUCAUUAAUUUGCCAUAACGGAUUUAUUGUAUUUGUUUGAUUUUUAAAAUAUGAGGGUAGAUUGAGCUCUUGUGUUAUUCUGUCAGAAAGGGGCCGUUUGGUUAUAAUGGCCGUGUAUUUAUAGCAUUUCACUCUUGAAGAGGCACACGCAUAGAUGGAACAUUUUCCCUUGCCUUUUGCCGAACAUUUACCUUAAGAGACUACGCAAUUUGUGUACUUAAUAUUGUUAAUUAACAUUCCAUAAAAUAGACAUGUGAUUUUAGUAGAGUAUUUAUUAUUAUUUUUAUUAUUAAAGAAAACGAGAAUAUUAAAAUAGAUAAGUAAAUAAAAUAAACGACAAAUAUAUAAAAAAAAAA